AGUUAAGACUUGUUUAUUAAGUGGUACAAAGUGCAUUGUUUAUCCUAUCCUGGAUAGUUGGAAUUGUCUGGAGUGAUUCUUAUUAGAAGUGAUUAUAAUAAGUGAAUUUUAACUGGUUUAUGAAUUGAUGAUAACUGUGGUUUUGUGUGACUUUUUAUGUUGUGAUGUACCGGAUUUACCAAUAUGAAGACUUCUAUAGAUACCGUUCAGAAUGGUGUCGUACUGAUAAAAUAUGAACCACGACCUCAUCUGGGUGCCUGGGAGGACCCUCUGACAACACUGUCAGCCUCGGUUCGAGCCUCCACCGGGCGGCGGCGUAAAGGGCCCACCGGUGGUGGCAGAACCCAUACCUCAGAGGACAGCUGGGGAUCUAACUCUGAUCAUGAACUUUCUACUGACGAUGAAAGCGAUCGCAGUGCUGCUUCAACAACAAGUCGCGGUCAACUGCGAUCGACUUUGAAUAAAGCUCGCACUCUGUGGCGCUCUUCCGGAGGUUCAUCGGGUUCAUCUUCUAUGAACGGAUCUUUGAAUUCUCCUGGAAUGGCUCAACCCGGUGCAGAUCCUGCUCAUCCUGGCGAUGGCUCGCCUGGAGGGCGCUUAUCGCGAUGGUUUUCAAUGAGAAGAGGUUCUUCGCAUCAAUAUGAUUUAGGAGGCACUACAACAUCCAACAACGCGCAAAUUACAGCCGCUGCAUUAGCUGCAGCUGUUGCAGCAACUAAUAAUAAUCACAAUGUUGUCGAUGGUUCAUCUAAGAUGCCUCAACUAACGGAGAUGGACGAAGACAGUGUACCCGUAACAAAUACAGCUUUGCGAGGCAAAGGUUCUUUCUAUGGAAGAUCGCCGUCCACCACGUCGGGCGGUAGCGGUGUGAACAACGCGAAUCGCAGUGGAUCUUUACCACCUAACAGUGAGUUGACGUCGACGGCUUUGCAACAGCAAAUUCCGUUGCGAAAAACCGCUCCGCCAACAUUGCCACCGCCGCCGCCUGGUCUCACAGAAUUACAACGAAAGCGACGGCUAAUAGUUCAGUCAAUAGUCCAUAGCGAGAAUUCAUAUGUUGCUACUCUUCAGCGCCUUGUUAACGACUAUAAAAAACCGCUGGAAGAAAGCAACCCCCCUAUACUGAAUUCAGCGAAGAUUUCUACAUUAUUCCUAUGUCUGCCUGAAAUCCUACAGUGCCAUUCGAUGUUUAGAUUAGCGUUAGCGGAGCGUGUUCGUGCCUGGGAUCGUGAUGAGCGAUUAGGCGAUGUGUUUUUUAGUACAUUUUCCAAAAGUACAGUUUUGGAAAUCUAUAGUGGCUUUAUUAAUAAUUUCUCUGUGGCGAUGGAACUCGCCAAAAUGGAAUCUAAAAGAAAGUCAGCUUUGGCAGACUUUUUUAAAGUAAAGCAAAUGACGGCUCACGACAGGCUGUCAUUCUUCGGUCUUAUGGUGAAACCAGUGCAGAGAUUCCCGCAAUUCAUCAUGUUUUUGCAGGAUUUAUUGAAAGAUACUCCUCAGGGUCAUCAUGACCGCAUGAGUUUGCAAUUGGCUUUGACGCAGCUCGAAUCUUUAGCGGAAAUGCUUAACGAACGUAAACGCGAAGCAGAGCAAAGCCAAGCGUUCCGCGAAACGCUGGCUCGUAUUGGAGGCGUACUCAACGCUCGCUCUCUCAGCGAUGGAAAUCGGUAUCUUAUCCGAGAAGAUGAUGUUACACAAUUGGAGUAUAAUCAAAAUGGAAUGAUAACAAAAUCUAAGCCUCGACGAUUGCUAUUAUUGAAUGAUAGAGUUGUGUGUGUCAGCGUAACUCCUCGCCAUUCAUCUGAUUUUGGUGCCGUGGAGAAGCUAACUUUCAAGUGGACGCAUCCAGCGGCGGAUGUAGAAAUUCAAGACUCAGGCGCUAGUCCCACGUUAAGCCGGAUACUCACUGCCGGGCUAAACAGGGGCGGAUCGCUAAAGUCAACCAACGGUACAGAUGGCGGCGGGGCGGAUUCUUUGUGUGGAGAAAUGAACGCUCUCAUGCACGAUUAUGAAGCGAUAUCUCGCAUAGCAACCAUUGUAAAUACUCUGAAAGGAAACUAUCCUGAUUUACAACCUGACACUACGAAACGUAUUCUUCAAACUAUUCAGUCUUCCAUACAGCGAAAAGAUGAGGAAAUGGCAUGGCUAGAUUCAUGCUGCCUACAGUUGAUUGCCAGGGCUCCGCGUGGCGGAAAAGAAGAGACAUACACAUUUCAGACAGCUGGUCCGGCUGUGCGUCGAGAUUGGCUGACUGAACUACGACUGGCCCAACUCGCUCUCGACCCAAACAAUUCUCCUGCCUGGUUGACAAGCGACGCAUCGCCUGCCCGACGUCCUGCUACCAGAUUGCCACUAUUUGUUAGAUCUCACUGUGUCUAUCGUUCACAACAUAAAGCUGAAGUUAAAUGCGGUUGCUACUACAAUGCUCCUACUAAUACAGGUAUAAUUUUAAGUAUUUAA